UUUCAGCCUGUAUAGGUAUUCGGUAACCGGUUAAUAAUUAAUAUUAUACCGUGCUUACAACAACGUCGGUCACAAUCCGGUAAAUGGUGGUGAUCGGCGUGAAAGCGCUACAAUUUGUUUUGUUAUUACUUCUUGGUUCUUAGUUCUUACUUCUUUAAUUUUUUUUCUUUUAUAGUUUAUAAAAACUAUGUAAGUACUGGAUUAUAGCAUUUGACGAUUUAACAGCAAAAGUGCAGGACGUUAAUUAUUACUGCCAAAUAGUAAGUUGUAGGCAGUUAAUUGUUGCCUAUUGGUAUUUAGUAUCGACAGCCUACAAAAAUAAUAGGUAACUUAUUUUAAGUACAAUUUACAUUUACUGUUAAAUUGUAGGUUCUUAAGUAGUGGUCUGUUAUUAUUAAUUUCAAAUUCAGUUCAAACUCUUAUAAAAUAAUGUCAGGUAAUGAAGAAAAUGAUUCAAGGAUGAUCAAUGAUCUAAGCCGGUUGAAUUUGACAUUUUAUGAAAGUAGUAUUGAACUUUGGAGAGUUGAAGAAAAGUGCCGUUUAAAAGUAAAAAGUAUUGAAGAAAUCAAACAAUCUAUUAAACAAGUCACUUUUGAAAAUGAAUGGAUUGAAAAACAACUGAAUGACACUAAAACAAGAAUAAAUGAAGUCAGAGAAAAUAUAGUGAGUAUUGACAACAUUACUAUCUCUCUAAAUGAAACAUUAGCUCAUCUUGAAGUUCAAUACGAAAAGAAAAAAUUUGCAGUAAAUAAAUCAAAAUGUGAAUAUGAAUUACAGCUAUUUAUAAGAAUGGAAUUAUGGCAAAAAGAAGAGGAACGACUUAAUAAUAUACCUGAGGUUAAAUUAUUAAAAAUUGCUGAUUCUGAACUAAAGAACACAAAAUUAGAAUAUGAAGAGGUGCUUCUAACCUUGCAGAAUUUAGUUAAAAAGAUUGAUGUAGCUACAAAAGAAAAUGAUGAAAAACAGAAUCAUAUUAUUGUACAAUAUGCCAAAGUCUAUGUCGAAAUGAUAUCUUUAAAUAAAAAAGAAGAAAACUGUAAAACUCUAUUAAGGAAACUGAAAACAGAAUAUAAUGAGAAAUGUUAUUUAAAAAAUGCACUACUUGAAUCUCAAAAAAAUAAAAUCAAUAAAGUAUCAUUUUGGUCACAUGCUCCUAGCAAAUUUGAAUCCAAAAUAUUUGAUUUAAAACUGAAUUCUUUGGGCCAAGAUCUAAAACCUAAUUUCAAUUAUUCUAGAAAUAUUAAUCAUCCCGAUUUUAUUUAUGAUGAUGAUGAUGAUAUAGAUAUUGAGGAUUCAAAAUUAAAUAACAAACCAAAAAAAAAUGUGACUUUUCAUUCAUUUUCUGAAGAUAAGAUAUCACUGGAUACAAGUGAUAAAAAUGUAGAUGCUUGCAAAAACAUAAACACAUUUAUAGUAGAAGCCAAUGAAAAUAUUAAUAACAAUUCUGCACAAUUAAAAAAUAUUCAUAACGUGGACGAGAGUACUAUUCAAUCUACAAAAAACCAUAAUAUAAAUGAUGGUGAUCUAAAUACCCAUACUAUUAAACGUAAAACUAUUGAUGUUCAGUCAGAUUUUGAAUUUAAAAAACCAUAUAAUCCUUUACAAAAUAAAGAUAAAAUAAAUUCAACAAUUAUUCAACCAAGUAAAAUGAAGGCAAAUAAGGAUAUUCAUAUGGAUAACAAUUUUAAUCAAGAAAAAGUUAAAGGAUUGAGUUGUCUGACAAAUAAGGACCAUCCACAGAAAUUAAAUUCUUUAAAAUCUAUUGAACAGUCAAAUGUAAAGAAUCUUAAUUCUGACAAUGUCAACAUUUUUAAUGAUUUAUCACAAUUAAAUGCAAAUGCAUCUCUUGAGCCAAAUAGAGAUGUUUCUGAUGCAUUUUGGAAUUUUUGCUCAGAUUCGAUGUCUCAAAAUAGUGCAAAUAGUAGUUUCUGUGAGUCUGACUUAUCUGAAUCAUAUGGAAAUACUCAUGAUAUUAGUCAAUAUCAGAAUAAUAUACAAUUCGAUUUUUCAAACUAUUUUGACAGUGAUUUAGAUUUAACUCCUGUAUCAAGUUUCCAAGGAUUAGAAACACCACAGCAAUCUGGAAAUUGUAUGCUUCAAAGUGAAACGUUUAAAAAAAUUAAUACUAAAAAAAAUACAUCUAUAAACAGAACAACAUCCAAUUCAUCUAAUGAUUAUAUGCAAACCAAUAAAUCAGAUUUUUUGCCAUCUGAUCAAUUUAUACUCAAAUUUUAAUUAAAAAAAUUAUACUUACUUUUAAAAAUAAAUACUUUUCUUUAAUGUUUAUCUAAAGAUUAAAUGUAUAUUUUAACAACCUUUAUACUAUACAAGUAGUU